AAAAUAGCAUAAGGAAUAUUAUGCUAGGGCUUAUACCAGCCAUUAGUUCUGAUUACUGGGGAGCUUUUGAGGCGCAAAAUGGCAGUGAUGAUUGGAAUCGCUUUCAGAGUUUCUUGGCUUUGUAGCCUGCUAAUUGGCGGGAUAACCUGUUCUACAUCAAGUGAUGGGUAUCUUGCACCAGGUUCUGAUGCAGCAAGGCUCUAUACAGGCCCACUUAGGUCAAAAGGAUAUGGUAAUUACAACUCUCCUACAGCUCAAUUGCAAGCGCAGCUGACCGAAGAGCAACAGAAACAUCUGGAAGCCAUCCUGCAAAAUCAACUGGCGCCCAUGCCCCAGGCACCUCAGAAAAUGUGGUAUCCAACUCAAAUGCCCCAGCAGGAAAAGCAACCGGCCGCCAUGACCCAACAGCAGACGCUACCGGCCAGUUAUCCUAAGCAGCCUCAAGCAGUGUGGUAUCAAGUUCAAAUUCCUCAGCAGCAAAAGCAACCAGCUACUGUUCCUCAGCAGCAGACGGAACUGACCACCCUGCCCCAGAAGCAACCGGCUGCAAUGCCCAUACCGCAUAAACAACCAACAGCUAUGCCCCAGAAAGCAUGGAGUCAAGCUCAAAUGCAGCAAAAGCAACCGGCCACCAUGCACCAGCAAGUGUGGCAUCCAGCUAAGCCCCAGAAGCAAAAGCAACUGGCUACUGAACCUCAGCAGCAGAAGGAACCGGCCUCCAUAACCCAGCAACCUCAGCAAGUGUUGCAUCCAGCUAAGCCCCAGAAGCAACUGGCCGCUGAUCCUCAGGAGCAGAUUGAACUGACCGCCAUGCCCCAGCAACCUCAGCAAGUGUGGUAUCCAGCUCAAAUGCUGCUGAAGCAACUGACUGCCAUGCCCCAGCAAGUGUGGUAUCCAGCUAAGCCCCAGAAGCAACUGGCCGCUGAUCCUCAGGAGCAGAUUGAACUGACCGCCAUGCCCCAGCAACCUCAGCAAGUGUGGUAUCCAGCUCAAAUGCCCCAGAAGCAACCAGUCCCUAUGCGUCAACUGCAGAAGGAACUGACCGCCAUUCCACCACAACUGUGGCAAUCCGCUCGAAUUCCCCAGCAGCAUAAGCAACCGGCUGCCAAGCUUCAGCAGGUGUGGCAACUGGCCCCCAUUCCCCAGCAGCCUCAUGACGUGUGGUAUCCAGCUAAAAUGGUCCAGAAGCAACAAGCAGCUGCAACUCGGCGGCAGAAGGAACUGACCACCAUGCCCCCGCAAGUAUGGCAUCCAGAUCAAUUUCUCCAGGAGCAGAAGAAACCAGCCCCUAUGCAUCUACCGCAGAAGGAGCUGACCGCCAUCCCACCACAACUGUGGCAAUCCGCUCAAAUGCACCAGCAGCGUAAGCAACCGGCUGCCAUGCUUCAGCAAGUGUGGCAUCGGGCACAGAAACAACCGGCCCCUAUGCCCCAGCAGCCUCACGACGUGUGGUAUCCAGCUAAAAUGGUCCAGAAGCAACAAGCAGCUGCAACUCGGCAGCAGAAGGAACUGACCACCAUGCCUCAAGAGUGGCAUCCACAAGCAUGGUAUCCAGCUCAAAAGCCCCAGCUGCAGAAGCAACCGGCCGCUGAACCUCAGCAGCAAAUUGAACCGACCGCCAUGCCCCAGCUACCUCAGCAAGUGUGGCAUCCAAUGCACAUUCCCCAGCAGCAACAGGAACUGGCCACCAUACCCCAGCAAGUGAGGUAUCCAGCUCAAAUGCCCCAGAAGCAUCUGGCCUCCAUGCCUCUACCACAGAAGCAACCGACCGCCAUGCCCCAGCAAGAGUGGAAUCCAGCUCAAAUGCCCCAGCAGCAGAAACAACUGGCCACCAUGCUGCAGAAGCAACCAGCCCCAAUGCUUCAACCGCAGAAGCAACAGGCCACCAUGCCCCCGCAAGUAUGGCAUCCAGCUCAAAUGCCUCGGCAGCAAAAGCAACCAGCUACUGAACCUCAGCAGCAAAUUGAACCGACCGCCAUUUCCCAGCCACCUCAGCAAUUGUGGCAUCCAGAUCAAUUUCUCCAGGAGCAGAAGCAACCAUUCACUAUGCAUCUACCGCAGAAGGAACUUACCACCAAUCCACCAGAACUGUGGCAAUCCGCUCAAAUGCCCCAGCAGCAUACGCAACCGGCUGCCAUGCUUCAGCAAGUGUGGCAUCGGGCACAGAAGCAACCGGCCCCUAUGCCCCAGCAGCCUCAUGAUGUGUGGUAUCCAGCUAAAAUGGUCCAGAAGCAAGUCGCUGCGGUGACCGCCAUGCCGCAUACGCAUCAGCAAGUAUGGCAUCCAGCUGAAUUUCCCCAGAAGCAACCGGCCUCCACGCCUCUACCGCAGGAGCAACCGACCGCCGUACCCCAGCAAGUGUGGUAUCCAGCUCAAAUGUCACGGCAGCAACUGGCCUCCAUGCCUCUACCGCAGAAGCAAAUGACCGACGUGCCUCAGCAAGAGUGGCAACCAGCUCAAAUACCGCAGAAGCAACCGGCUGCUGAACCGCAGCAGAACGAACCGGCCACCAUACCCCAGCAAGUGGGGUAUCCAGCUCAAAUGUCCCAGCAGCGGAAGCAACACACUGCCAUGCCACAGCACCAACUGACCCCCAUGCCUCAGCAAUUAUGGCAUGUAGCACAAAUGCCCCAGAAGCAACUGGCCCCAAUGUCUCAGCAGAAUCACUACGAAAGCACUGAAGAUGGUGCCUCUAGUAGCACUCAGGCCAGCAUCGUUGAACAGUCGGGUGUCAUCCCAAUCUAUUCCUACAGUUCCAAAUCGCACUACGAGAAUGGCAGGACUGUAUUCUCCCUAACCCGCUACACUCCUAGGGAGGCUAUGCCUGUUGACAGUGGAAAUGCUCCCAAGGACAGUUUUGUUCGUACUGGUGCACCAAGCGUAUAUCCAUCACUAGUGAAGGAUUCUGCAAGGUAA